AUGGAGGCCGUCGAGCACGUUCCUUUUGAGAAACGUGACCUAAUUCUUGUCGCCCUGUUUUCCAUCUUUUGCGGCAUUUUGAAGGAGUGUGCAGCGUACUAUUUCGUAUACCGCCGGGCGGACUACCAGAAGAAGUUCGCCGAGGUCUGCGACCGUUAUGAGGACUACCACAGGACUUACGUGAUGUUUGAGCCGCAGACAGCGCAUCACAAUUGCUUCCGUGCGGUCUCUCUCCGCCUUCUCGAAGCAACGAGGGACCUGCGCAACCUCCAGACGUUUUACACCUUCAUCACCAGCGUGAUCUUCAUGAUUCUGAUGUUGAUGGUGAUGAGCUAUUUCGAGGGCUGCGUGGUUGCCAAGCUUCCCUUCGAGCCGGUGUGGCCGCUCUCCCUGUUCACGCUGGGCGACACCAUGACCACCGACGUCACCAACUGCUCGGCGACGUGCAUCUACACGAUGCUCUCCAUGGCUGUGAAGGACGGGAUCCAGACUCUGUUGGGCUACCGCUCUCCGAUGACCACCUUCUCCGAGAUGAGCGUGAAAUCGGGCGCCGAGCAGUCCGAGUCGAAGUAG